AUGGCACUGGCGACAACACAAGCCGCCCAGCCAUCGGGCUCGGAUCUCUCCAUCGUUGAAAGCGACAUUGUUCAGACCAUCACGCUUGCCGAUACACUCGUUACCUUGAUACGCGAGCCCAUCGCUAUCGUCUAUAAGAACAUUACCAAAACCCAGGCGCUGAAGCGAAGCCUCGGGCUUUGGCAAGAGGAGGCGUUGGACGAUAACGGCCAGAGUCGCAUCCCCGUCCUCCCUUGA